UGUUCAUACUUCUCUUUCGCUCUCUCUCUCUCUCUCACUUACACAAUAGUCCAUUUUCUGUAGCUAGAGGAGGGGGAUACGGUUUCUGCAACAAUGGAAACUCAAUCAGGAAAUGAAUCUGCGGUGGUGAGCGGAGCUGUGGCCACCUCCUCCGCUACUCCCCUUAGCUCCCAGGCAGACUCCGCUGCUAAUGAGGUGCUCAGAGAGGACCUGCAGGCCGCCAGGAAGAUAGAGCGGUUCGACAUCCCGCUGGACAGCCUGAAAAUGAUGUUCGAGAACCCCGCGGCGCACAGAACGGAAGUACCUGAGAGAAGCACACACUCUCCCAAGCCGAGGAGGUCGCAGAUCGGCCAGUCCAGCAAGGGGAACAUGGAGCGGAAAGAGGAGCACUCAUCUGGGGAGAAGCUGCUCUCCUCACAGAGCCAGGACCAGUCUGCAGGCAGCACAGGGCUUCCUGACGAAGCGGAGAGCCGGAGGAGCAGAGCUCCUGUGGAGGACCCGGAGCCGGAGACGGUCCCACUGAAGGAAAGGCUGGCCAUGUACCAGGCAGCUGUGUCCAAGAAGGAGGAGGCCAGCUCCUCCAGCAUGGCUGCGGAGGAGGCGGAGGUCUGCUCCUUGCCCGGGGGGCUUGCCAGCGUGAAGAAACAAUUUGAGAGCCAGGAAAUUGCAUCCUCGCAGAGUACUGUCACCCAGUUCCACUUCCAGAGCAGAACGGUGCAGGAAGUGUCGAGCUCUUCUGAGGUGACGGUGAGGAGCAGAGGCAGAGAGGUCACCCCAUCCACCCAUCAGGAGUCCUUCCUUCAGGAUGAAAAGGUGUCACGUGAUCAGAGUGUUCACCACAGCACCGUGUCCGCCGACUAUGAAAACCACUUUGAGGAGACGGUAAAGGUAAUUGGAGGGGAGGACUUACCAAAGGUGUCCACACAGGCUCUGAAGCAGCAGUUUGAAAAGGCCAUUGAAGAGGCAACUCCAAGCAAGCAAAUUAAGAUCGAUCUUGAUUACAGCCAGUUUCAGUGGGCCCCAGUGACAAAGGUUUCAUCCAAAGUCACAACAGACAAGACGAGUGAGACGUCGUCUGUCACAAAAAAAGUGGAGGAGAGAGUCUCUAGCGCUGUCUCUGCCUCUGGGUCUGCUGUGUACGAGAGCAUGGAGAGUUUACCUCCACCACCGCCAGAGCUGCUACAGGAACCAUCAGAACCUUCAGAGACGUUCUCACCAGAGCCUCCAGAACCAACCGCUUUGGCUAAACAGGCAGUCAACAAGGAGCAGUACUCCAAGCAGCGGAACCUAUACGAGUUGAAGCGUCUGUACAAGCACAUCCACCCGGAGGUGCGGAAGAACCUGGAGCGGGACUUCUUCAGCGAGGUGACGGACAUCGACCGGACCCAGGUGGAGAGCCAGGAGGAGGUGACGGGGGACAUCCAGCAGGCGAGGUCCGUGUUCGAGAACACAGGAAGCAGCCCCAGCAAGUGCACCAGCCCGGAGCGUGAGUACCUGGAGUGGGACGAAAUCCUCAAAGGGGAGGUGCAGUCCAUGCGCUGGAUGUUCGAAAACAAGCCCCUGGACUCCAUCAAGGACGAGUCUCCCGAUGAUGACAAUGCGAAGAACAUCUCUCAGCAGGAAAUCAUUGCCGGGAGUGAUGUCAAAUACACAGCCUGGAUGUUUGAGACCCAGCCGAUGGACGCGUUGGGGACGGCAACCCCCGACGCAGCGGAGCAGAACGGUAAGUCUCCUGAGCUGGCGAGAGGUGACGUGCGCACCGCCACCUGGCUCUUCGAGACGCAGCCCCUAGACGCUCUCAACAAGAUCCACCAGGAGGAAGGGCAGACCACUGAGGUCGUUGUCACGAAGGAUGUAGCGGGAGGGGACGUCAAAACCGCCAGGUACUUGUUUGAAACUCAGCACUUGGAUUCUCUGGGCCACACUGAGGCCGUCGAUGAGAGCCACUUCCUCCAGCUGAAGUCGGAGCUGGAGGAAAUCAAAGGAGGGGUGAAGACAACCACGCAGAUGUUUGAGACUCAGCCCAUGUGGGUCAUCAGGGGCGACUCGGGCCAGAUGCUGGAGAUCACAACCGUCCGCCGAGAGGAAACCGAGAAGGGCGAUGUGAAGACCUCACGCUGGCUCUUUGAAACUCAGCCCCUCGACACAAUUAACAGGGAUCCCACGCAGGUGAAGGUGGUUUGUGGCGUGCAGGGGGAUGUCAAAAAGGGCAAAUGGCUGUUUGAGACAAAGACUUUAGACUCCAUCAAAGAUGAGGAGUGGGAAGCCUCUAUGCUGCAGAAGGAGGAGAUCAUUGGAGCUGAUGUCCGCAAACAAUGCUGGGUAUUUGAGACUCAGCCUAUGGAUACACUGAAGGAUGAUUCAAAUGCCAGACCCGUGUCUGCUGAAGAAAUAGUAGGGGGCGACGUACGAGCAGCGAGACAUUUGUUUGAAACUGUUCCGAUGGAGGCCUUGAAGGAAAACGCUGAAGUGGGCAAACUUCAAAAGAUGGUGGCGUCAGAGGAGGAGAAGGGAGACGUUAGACAUCAGAAGUGGGUUUUCGAGAGUAAACCACUCGAGCACAUCAGAGAAGAAAAGAAGGAAGUCACAAGAACAGUGAAGGUAGAGGAGAUUGAUAAAGGCGAUGUCACAAACUACAAGGAAAUCUUUGAAACCAUGGAUUUAAGCAGGUGUGACAACACUCAGAAAAUAGAGGUGGAGGGUGUCACCAGUGGCUCUGUGAAGUCCAACAAAGUUCUCUUUGAAUCCACUCCCCUGUAUGCGAUUCAGGACAGCUCUGGCCAGUACCACGAGGUGAAAACUGUCAGAAGGGAGGAGAUAGUGAAGGGAGACGUCAGGACCUGCAAGUGGAUGUUUGAAACACGCCCCAUUGAUCAGUUUGAUGAGAGCAUGACAAAGUUCCAGGUUAUUAAGGGGAUAUCCAAGGAGGAGAUCGAAUCAGGUGAUGUUAAAACAGCCAAGUGGCUAUUUGAGACUCAGCCCCUCGACUCCAUUAAGUAUUUCAGCAACGUUGAGGAUGAGGCGAGCGAGACCAAGACGUCUGUUGAUGUUGUGAAAGGUGACGUCAAAACGUGCAGAUGGCUUUUUGAGACCCAGCAAAUGGACUCGUUGUACGAGAAGGAAAAGAGUGAGACUGUGACAGAGGAGAUUUGCAAAGGCGAUGUCAAAACCUGCACUUGGCUCUUCGAGACCCAGGCCCUGGACACAAUUAGAGACGAGUCGGAAACGGUCAUCAAAACACGCACAGUGGAGCAGGACGAUAUCCAUAGCAAGGACGUGCGGAUGGCGCGUUUCCUUUUCGAGACUGAGAACCUUGAAAACAUCACAGGUGAAGACAAUGCCUCUUUUAAGAGGGUCACUCAGAUAGACGUUCAGUCUGGAGAUGUAUCCAGAAUGAAGUAUAUAUUUGAGAAUCAGUCCAGUGAUAUUAUGACCUCCACCUCUGAGGAGACCAUGUACAAGCUAAAGAUGAUGCAGGCGGAGGACAUUCAGAGAGGAAACGUGGUAAACUGCAGAUGGAAGUUUGAAAACCAGCCCAUGGACACCAUUACUGAGAACGCUGAAGAACAUAAGCUCACCCGCACUGUGACAGACGUACAGGGAGGCAAUGUUGACAAAGGGCGUUUCAUUUUCGAGACCUUCUCUUUGGAUAAGAUCCAGGAGGAGUCAUCAGAGAUGGAGCAGACACAGAUUCAGAAAAUUAUCCGGGAAGAAGUGGAGAAGGGAGACGUGAAAAACUACACCAUGAUGUUCGAAACCCAGCCGCUGUACGCAAUCCGAGACAAAGAGGGUCACUACCACGAGGUGACCACUGUCACCAAGGAGGAGAUCAUGCGUGGGGAUGUGGUGGGGGCCAGGUGGCUCUUUGAGACUAAACCUCUGGAUUCGAUACGAGACACCGAUGAGGUGUAUGUUAUCAAGGCUGUCACUCAGGAAGAUGUCCAGAAGGGAGAUGUGAGUUCGGCCAGGUGGAGGUUUGAAACGCAGCCUCUGGACGAAAUCUCGGAGGACAUCAAAGUCUCGGUCAGGACCGUGAGUGAUGUUCAGGGGGGCGACGUCAAAACAAACAAACAGCGCUUUGAGUCUGACGAGCUGUCGCAGAAGUGCGUCAGAACAGUUAGUGUCAGCGAAAUCCACAAAGGAGACGUUAAAACCGCCACCUGGAUGUUCGAAACACGCACUAUUGACAAGAUCCAUGGCGAAGGAUCAGAGUACGACGAAAUGGAGAAAGUGAUGAAGGAGGAGGUGCUGAAGGGAGAUGUGAAACAGUCAGUCUGGCUCUUUGAAAAACAGUCCCUUGAUAGCAUAAACAAAACUGAGGAGACAAACGUUGCCAUUACUCGUGAGGAGAUUCCUGCUGCUGACGUGAAGACCACAACCUGGCUCUUUGAAACCACUCCGUUCCACGAGUUCAAUGAAAGCAGCUUGGAGAAGACAGAAAUCAUCGGGAAGAGCAUCAAAGAGACCCUUGAGGAGCUGUACACCCAGAAAAUGGUGGAAUCGAAAGGAAUACUCAUCCAGGCGGAUGAAAUCGGGGACGUCCGAAUGGCGAAGUUCAAGCUGAUGAAUCAGGACGCUCCAGAGAUUCAGAGAGAGGAGAUCCUGAGAGGUGACCUGAAAAAUAUCAUGAUGAACCUGCUGAACAGACGUGAGAAAACGGAGAGAGGGAUCAUCAUCGACGCGGAGGAGAGGGGCAACAUCAACACCACAGUCAAACAGCUGUUCAAUCAGGAGGUGGGACUCAGCAUGGAGAAGGAAGAGAUCAUCAGGGGCGAUAUUCAGGAGGCCAUCAACAGCCUGUUUAAGGGGGAAGACUCCGCCAAGCGUGGCAUCCUCAUUCAGGAGGACGAGAAGGGUGAUGUGAGAAUGACCAUAUAUUCCCUCCUCAAUCAAAGAGACGAAUCUGUCAUUGACAAAGAAGACAUCAUCAAAGGCAAUGUGAAAGGCACCCUCAACAUACUGUUGUCAGGCUCAGAGAGCAUGGAAGACAGUAUGAAGAUAAAGGUGAGCGAUACAGAGAGGGGAAAGGUGAGUUUUUACUCCACCUGCAUCGAGUCAGGUGCUCUGGACUACCUUAAAAAGCUGCAGGUCGAACCUGGCGAGACCCCCUCAGAGGAGGUGGAGAGAGAGAAGAUCGUUGGGGGCGACGUCAAAGCGACGAAACUCAUCCUGAAAAACAACCAGCUGCAUAUUGAACGCACAGUGGCUGAGGACGACAUUGUCCCUGGUGACGUGCACAAUGCGGUCAAGGUUUUCAUGACCGAGCCUGCGGUCUCUCUCGAUAACGUGCAGAAGGAAACGAUUGUGAGAGGCGAUUUAAGAGCUGCCCUAGAUUCACUCACACAGGCCAUCAACCAAACCGCGGUGGUUGAGAAAGAGGAGGUGGUGAAAGGUGACAUAUCCACCACACUCAGGUCUCUGGAGGAGGCCCAAAACCAGCCCAAGGAGGUAGAGAAGCCUGAGAUCGUCGCUGGUGACAUCAAAGGUGCGCUUGAGUCCCUGGAGAAAUCGGCCAACGCCAAAGUCGAAAUCGUCAUUGAAGAUUUAGUGCCCGGUGACAUCAAAGGCACCUUGAAAUCGCUGGAGGAGGCCAAGCAACUCGUAAAGGAGAUUGAAAAGGAGGAGGUCGUCAAAGGGGACAUUCAGACUGCAAUGCAGAAUUUGCGAGAGGCUUCUAAUGAGAAGAAGGUGUACCAACAGCAGGUUAGUGUGCAGGGAGAUGUGAAGGGUACGAUACAGCUCUUACUGGAGCCUCCUGCUCCCUCCAAAACACAGCGCAGAGCCAGCACAGAGGGAGACGUGAAGAUGUCUAUAAAAUCUCUGUACAACGAGCAGGAGCAAACCCAAAUCGAGAAAGAGGAAGUGAUAAAGGGAGAUGUUCAAGGCACUAUAAAAUGCCUGCUUCGGGGGAAACAGCACACUAACGCUGAAACCGGUAUUGAUGAAUCUCGGAAAGUUAAAGCUUCAGUGAAGGCCCCAUUACUUUCCCAGCAAGAAAUCCAUGAAUGCUCAGUGGAGACCAAGACUGAGGGCGAGGCAGUGAAGCCAGCCCCUGCUGUUAAGAAUCUGUCUCAAAGCACUGAAUCACAGAGCACCGCACAAAAGCACAGCGCCACUAAAUCAGUGAAAAGCAAGUCUUUAGCCCAGGAGGAGCAUUCUCUCACAACACAAACCACAGUGAUCAAUACAUCCCCUACUCCACCGCAGACAAGUGUUAAAGAACGGCCAGCGAAACAGAAGGUGCCCCCGCCUCCCCCUGUGGUCGUAAAGAAGAAGAAUGUGAGCAAUCCGGUGGCAGAGAAAGCAGCCACCUCGGAGGAGAACGUGAUUAGCUGCCAAUCGCAAACUAACGUCAGCGCGGAACACACGCAGGAGGCGAAAACAGUCAAGCAAGUUCAGACGACGGUCAUCGAGCACAAAACGAUCACCAAAAAGCACGACGUCAAAACUCUCAAGACCGAGUUCCGUAACCUUGACAUCAGCCGAAAGGGUCUCAUCAAGGCUGACAAAAAGAAGCUGAAGCCGGAGAUACACUUCCCCCCACCCCCAACGUCCCCACCCCCACCGUCUGAGUCAGAAUUUCCUCUCCCACCCCCACCCCCAUCCGAAGGAGAACUAGAUCGACAGUCGUUUCCAACCCCUCCUCCACCUGUUUCGAAGCAGGACAACGACCUUCCGCCACCUCCCCCACCUCCUCCACCUCCUGUUGAAUCCCUGUCACCUGAGCCGGAUCACUUUCCUCCUCCCCCGCCUCCCCCUCCACCCCCGAUGGCAGGACAGGAUAUCCUGCCCCCCCCACCCUCACAGCAGGAGCUGGAUUCCAUGCCCUCCCACACACCUCCUCCUCCACCCACAGAGGCUAAAAAGAUGACCGUCAGAUCAGUGAAGGCUCCAGCUCUGUAUAAAGUUCCAAAGCUGGAAGCGCAAAAGCAGCUGAAGCAGGAGAAAACUGUGGGGCAGAGAAAGCAGACGCCACCUCCUCCGCCCCCACGACCAUCACCGUCUGCCGUGCAGAGAGUACAGCAGGCGAUGACAGCGGCCAGCGCUGUCACUGCCACUGAGACGGUGACAGAAAUAAGCAAACAGGAGAAAACUGAAACAACAGUGAUUCAGACCGACUCUUCAUCACAGUCCUCCACAAAAACCAAAUCAGAAAUUUCACAGCCGGUGACCACCUCAAGCAAACAAGAGAAAACUUUGAAAACAGAAAUUCAGGCUGAUUCUGCAGCGUUGUCCAUAACAAAAGCUCCAACUGAAAUUCCACAACCUGUAACUGAAGUAAGCAAACAAGAGGAAACUGUGAAAACAGAGAUUCAGACCAGCUCUGCAGUCUCAUCUGCUGUGAAAGCUCCGUCUGGAAUUCCGCUGGCCAAACCCACACCUUUGGAGUCCCCUCGCCCGCCGAGGAAGGUCUUCAUCCCGCCUGUAAAAGUACCACCUCCAGCUGAACCUCCGGCCAAACCCAAAUCGUAUGCCAGGAAGUUCAAAACCCCACUAAUGAUGGCAGAGGAGAGGUACAGGAAGCAGAGAGAGGAAGAGGAGAGGCUGAGAGGGGAUGCGGUGCCCACCUCUCCUUCCAGCAACCUGCAGGCUGCGACCUUAUUUGAAGAAGCCACCUCAGAGGGCGUAGCCAAGGAACACUCAGAAGAGAGCAGCAUCGCCUCUGAUGUAAUUCAGGAGGCGGCCACAACCGAAGUCAAAUCAGACGCGGAGUCGCAGGCGAGCGCAGCACUGUCAGUCAAUCAGAAAUCUGUCCCCAAGUCUGCUGAUGUUUCCUCAGCGAAACAGCACAUUUCCUUUAAUCAGACUGCUAAAGUCUCAAAGCAGCACUCCGCAUCCAUCUCUACCACAAAGCUUCAAACUGUUUCCUCCAAAAAGGAACAGCUGACAUCGGUUUCCUCUGUUCAGUCCCACUCUGCCUCCGACAUCAAAGCCCAGUCCUCUGAAUCCACCGCUGCUCAGCAGCUGGGGAGCUCAGAAACUGCUGUUUCCAGACAGGAAAUUAUGCAAGAUAUCACAAAUUUGCAAAGCCAAACUGAAGCUACUAAGAAAGCAGAAGCCACCGUAACCCAGGUUGUAGGCAAGACUCCCCCACAGCCCACAAAAAUUCCAAAAGUAACCCCCAAAUUCAAAGUGAAAACAGUCAAAGUGCCAAAGCUUGAAAAAAUUGAGAAGCCUGAAGAAAAGGAUGAAACAAAGGCAGCAGAUCAGGUGAUGGUGCCGAGCACAGCAUCACUGAGCCAAAAAGAGGAGAGUGCUUCACAUGACUUGAAAGUGGUCCAGGAGAGCACCCAAAUAACAGAAAGCGUUCAGAAACAUGUUGAAACUGAAGUCAAAAUGGAAAAGGUAGAAGAUCAAAAGCAGGCUGUGAAGGAGAAGAAAAUGGAAAAAGUAACCCCCAAAUUUAAAGUCAAAACAGUCAAGGUGCCAAAAUUUGAGAAAAGUGAAAAGCCUGAUAAAAAGGAGGAGGAAAAACAACAAGGUCAAUUUGCAGUGACGGCCGCACAAUCACUAAGCCAAAAAGAGGAGACUAUUUCAGAGGGUCACGCUGUAAAGGUGGUUCAGGAGAGUGUGCAAAUGGCAUCCAGCAGUGCUCAGACACAUACAGAAACUGAAGUGAAGCUGGAGAAAGCUGAGGAGGGUGGAGAAACAACAGCCUCUACACUGAAGGACAGCAAACUGGAUAUUCAGAUGAAAAAACUAAAGCCGAAAUCAAAGAAGGAGAAAGAGAUAAGGCAGCCAGCCCCUAUUAAGGUUUCCCAGAAAGAGACAAAACCCCUGGGAUCUGUGAAAGCAACUCAUGAGCAGGAAGAAACGAGGGUGGUCCAGACACAGAAGGCUGUUCAAGAGCAGCACUUUGAGAUACACGAGAAGGUGAUCAUCACUGAAAGUAAAGUUCAGCAGAGUUUCGAGCAGCAAGGCACCGUUCAGGUUCAGAAGCAGGUCAGGUCCUCUCAGAAGCAGAAGGAGGAAUCUGGCAAAAAACUUCAGGAUAAAUCAAAGGAGGAGUACAGGCAGGUUCCGGUCAAAGUGACAGGUAAACCGGCACAAACAGAAGCCGAUAAGCCUUUGGCAGAGAGCAGCGAGGAUUCGCAGAAACCAGAAGUGGUAGAGAAGCUGCUGUCUCGCAUUGCUGAGCUGCAGGGGGCCCCACAAAAGCUGGACCCAGGGAAAGUGAAGACGCUGCUAAGUGAAAUUCCUGAGUGGGUGAUCAGCCCAGAGGAAAGGACUGCUUUAGAGAGAGAUGCAGUCGAGUUCAAUGUGCAGAAACUCACAAAGAUCAUGGUGCAUGUGCAACUUCUAGCACAAGCCAGGCUAUCUCUCUUAAGCGGGAGUGUCCCUGCUGUGGAAAAGCACGAGACAGAACUGAUCUCUGAGAAGAAAGCGGUUGGCGGGGCAAUCCCAAAAAUAUCUAAAAUCAGCAUCGGAUCUGCUAAAGUAGACAUGCAAAAGAAGGCAGUAGAAGAGAGGAAGGUCUCGCAUGAGAGCAGAAAACUGAUGGAAGGCAAAACUGGCCCCAGAGCACCCUCCCCCAUGAUAAGAAUGCGCUCUCCCUCUCCCACCUACAUCACCAUCGAAUCCACCCGCAGAACCGACUCCCCCCAGCGGGUGGCGCCCUCCCCUCCUCCCAUGCCCCCAACUCCUCCCCCUCGCAGGUCAGACACGCCCACUUCUCGUAUCGCCAGGGCCACGCCCUCCCCGACGCUUCAUCGUUCCGACAGUCUGGCUAAGCUGAAGGACACCACGGCUAAGCUGUCCCGGGGGCCGUCCCCAACCCCCAUGCAGCAGCCCGUCCAGGUCACGGAGAGGAAAGCGGAGAUCAUAGAGUCACCGGCGUCCUUCCAUCGGCAGAUCAAAAUCGAGUCCCAUGCCAUAGACGUGUCAGAGAUGGCGGAAACAUCGGUGAAGGACAGGAAGGACUUCUUCGAGGAGGCGCAGAGGGCAGAGGUGAACAGGACGUACGUGCGCAAGGAUCCCAUCAACAUCCCUGAGCGACUGGGUCCCGACAUGGAGGACACAGAGGCCGAGAAGCCAGAGAAGGAAAAGGAGGAGCUGCCGAGAGUUGACUUGUCCCAGCUCGUCAACAAGUUUGAGUCACCGGAACAGAAGGUUUAUGUCAGAAAGGAGCCUAUUGUUAUAGCGGAGAGGCUGGGGAGUGACACUGAAGAGGCGGACGCCGACGGAGACAGAAAAUCUGUUCAAAUGGAUGAAAUGCCAAGCUUCAGCAUUAAGGCCAUUAAAACUGUCUUUGAGACAGCUGAGAAAAGUUCCCAUGCCACGGAGCAGAAAAAUAAACCGGGGAAACAGGAGUCGGAGCCGAGCGAAACGGUGACAGACGCUUCAGAGCAGGCGAGUCCCACAGGGCAGGAAAAAGACUCCGGGCAGAGUCCCCCCCUGUCUGUUCAUCAGGAAGCCAAGCAGGGUGAAUCUGCUGAACCCACAGCUUUCUCUGAGACAAAGUCAGUCAGCGAGCAGUUCUCAAGCGUCGAUAAACUUGGCAACAAGAUAAGCGGGUCGAGGAGCUCCAAGACGGUCUCCCAGCACGCGGAGAGCGUGGUGACUCGCCGCGCCCCGCCGACCUACGCGGACGUGGUGAAGGGGAACGUUCCCGUGCUGGACGUGUCGGCCGAAGCCUCCACGGAAGAGCUGCUGAGGAACUUCCACAAGACGUGGACGGACAGCCAGAACGUUUUCAGGAACCUGGGCUACACUGUCUCAGAGGAAAGGACGUCUCACGUCACGUCUCACCAGGAACAGACUGUCGUGACGGAAAAUUCGAGUUCCCGAGUCGGAGCUGUGCCGGGUGUGUCGAAAGAGGGUGUAUCCGAUGGAGUCUCUGAUCGCAGACAAACAAAAUUUUCAUAAGGCCUGUUUCCGGUGCGAGCACUGCAACAGUAAAUUAAGUCUUGGCAACUAUGCCUCUCUCCAUGGACAUAUGUACUGCAAGCCUCAUUUCAAGCAACUCUUCAAAUCCAAAGGAAAUUAU